AACUUGUGUUUCUGUCAGCGGAAGAUCGCGCAAGACAACGGAUGAGAGAAGUGAACGUAUUUACAAAUGUAGUUGGCCUACAUUAGUGCAGACAGCCGUGUAGCGAAGAUUUGUUUGUAGGCAAUGUUAAGCUAAUUUUUAUCCUUGCCAACGUUUCAGAUGAGAAGGUUCACAGAACAGGAAGAAAUUGUGUGAUUUGCGAAUCCUGACAGAAGAAAGAUAAAGAAAUGGUUCAAAUUGUCAUCUCGAGUAAAGCUGGUGAAGGUCCAGCUGAAUGGCUGCUGGUGGAGUUGCAGGGAGAAAUGGUGUCCAGACAGAAUACUGGACUUGCAGGAAAUCUGAUGGGAGACCUGCACUUUACAAAAGAGGGUGUACCGGUGCUUAUAGUCGGACAUCACAUCCUCUAUGGCAAACAGGUCAAACUGGAGAAGCCCUUUGCUGUUCUCUUGAAGCACUCUGGACUCCCUCGGAACGAAGAGGAAACAAUGGAAACCAACCAAGAAAACCCAACAUCUUACACUGUUUCUGCCCUCAUCAAAAAGAAGCUCAUCUUUAAAACCCGACCGAAACCUAUCAUCACUAAUGUGCCAAAGAAGGUAUAACUUAUGUUCAGAUAUCAGAGACUUAUCGGCACAGAAUUCUAGAUUUGUAACCACGUGUGAAUAUAAAUGUUGUUUUGAACGGUGGAUUACUAUCUUUUGUACGUUGUUGUCAGGAGUGAGUAAUUGACAAUAACGUUGAACAAAUACACAUAUUUUAAGUUAUGCAAGUAAUAGGCCUAAUGUGCGUUCAGAAACCAGAAAAUACUCGCUUUUGAAUGGAAGUUUAUUGUAUCAAAACAUCAGUUACAAGUGUUUGCAAAAAUAAUUACAUGGGGAAUGUCCAAAUUUAAAGAAUCCAGCGUCUUUUAAAUGUACAUAAAUACAUAAAACAUAAUAUGUAAAGAUCAUGUGAGAUUAAAAAGACCAUGAUGGCCAUUUGUAGGUAUUGUACAUUGUGGAAAUACAGGUUAGCUGUGACACACAGACUAAAUGGUGGCAUUUCAUCAACAGUUGAUUAUUUUACUUUGUGAGUAGAUGUAAGCUGCCAGUGGCGAUCAUUAAAACAACAGAAUUUCGGUUAAAAACACUUACCCUCUUCUAUUACGGAUUGUGAAUAAUUUAUUAUUUCCUAGUCUGUACAGUGUUAUGAAAAUAACUUAACAUGUUUUCCAUAAAAUAAACUUUCCUAGGAAAAUG